AUGGAGAUCCCCAUGCCGGCCCCCAUCUGCCUGAUCGAGAACAGCCCGGCGGGGGAGCUGUGGGUGCAGCAGGAGGCGCUGCAGGUGCUGGCGGAGAUCUCCCAGCCCGUGGUGGUGGUGGGCAUCGCCGGGCUGUACCGCACCGGCAAGUCCUACCUCAUGAACAAACUAGCCAGCAAGAGAACGGGGUUCUCGCUGGGCUCCACCAUCCAGUCGCACACCAAGGGCAUCUGGAUGUGGUGCCUGCCCCACCCCUGCCGGCCCGGCCACACCCUGGUGCUUCUGGACACCGAGGGGCUGGGCGACGUGGAGAAGGGCGACACGAAGAACGACACGUGGAUCUUCGCGCUGGCCGUGCUACUCAGCAGCACCCUGGUCUACAACAGCAUGGGCACCAUCAACCAGCAGGCCAUGGACCAGUUGCACUACGUGACGGAGCUGACGGAGCGCAUCAAGGUGAAGGCGGCGGGCAGGGGCGGCCGGCAGGAGGGGGAGGAUUCAGCCGAGUUCAUGCGGUUCUUCCCGGCCUUCGUGUGGGCCGUGCGGGAUUUCACGCUGCAGCUGGAGCUGGACGGGCGGAAGAUCACCGAGGAUGAGUACCUGGAGAACUCCCUGAAACUAAAGCCAGGCAGCAGCCGGCAAGCCCAGCUCUUCAACCUGCCCCGCGAGUGCAUCCGCCAGUUCUUCCCGGCCCGGAAAUGCUUCGUCUUCGUCCAGCCGGCUGACAGGACCGGCCUGCCCCGGCUGGAGGAGCUGCGGGAGGAUGAGCUGGACUCCAAGUUCCGGGAGCAGGUGGUCCUAUUCUGCCACCACAUCUGGGAGACGUCGCAGCCCAAGACCCUCCUGGGCGGCCAUGUGGUGACUGGGGCCAUGCUGGGGAACCUGGCGGUGACCUACGUAGACGCCAUCCGCAGCGGGGCGGUGCCCUGCAUGGAGAGCGCGGUGCUGGCCCUGGCGCAGAUCGAGAACUCGGCGGCGGUGGGGGAGGCCGUGGCUGUCUACGAGGAGCAGCUGGAGCGGCGGGCGGCGCUGCCCACGGAGACCGUGCAGGAGCUGCUGGAUCUGCACGCCCAGUGCGAGCAGGAGGCGCUGCGGGCGUUCAUGGUGCACGCCUUCAAGGACGACGACCGCCGCUUCCAAGGGGAGCUCAUGCGCCGCCUGGAGGAGCAGAAGCAGGAGCUCUGCCGGCGCAAUGAGGUGGCGUCCUCGGACCGCUGCACGGCCGCCCUGCUGGAGCUGUCGGACGAGCUGGAUGACCGGAUCGGCGCGGGGGUCUACUCGGUGCCCGGGGGCUACCAGCGCUUCCAGGACGACCAGUGGCAUGUGGUGGAGAGAUACUGGCAGGUGCCAGGGAAGGGGGCAAAGGCCGAGGUAGUGCUGCAGGAGUUCCUCCAGUCCAAGGAGGCUGUGGCCCAGUCCAUCCUGCAGACGGACGAGGCCCUGACGGAGAAGGAGAAGGAGAUGGCAGCCGAGCGAGGCCGGGCCGAGGCGGCCGAGCGGGAGCAGCAGGUCCUACAGCAGAAGGAGGCUGAGUUGCAGCAGAAGCUGGAGGACCAGGACCGCAGCUACCAGGAGAACCUGCGGCAGCUGGAGGAGAAGUUGGAGGACGAGAGGAAGAAGCUGCUGGAGGAGCAGGGCAAGAUGAUGGAUCAGAAACUCAAGGAGCAGGAGGCCCUGCUGAAGGAGGGGUUCCGGGAGGAGGCUGGACGCCUGGAGAACGAGAUCCGGCGCCUGCAGCAGCAGAGCGAGGAGAUCCAGAAGCCGUCAUGGAUCCAAUCGGCGCUGGGGGUGCUGGGCGAUGUGGCCACCCUCGUGCUACCUGGCUUCGCUGGCAAGGCCGCCGGGGUCGUCACCAGCCUCGUCCGGCGGAUGUUCUGA